UAGGAUCCAGCCGAGGACCCUGGGCCCGCAGUCUGAGUCAAGGAACUCCGGCCGUGUGUUGAAGUCGGUCCCACCCCGGCCCCCAAUCUAGGUCACCCGCGGGGAAGGGCUGAGCUGGGGGCUGUCUGCGCCGGAGGUGGGCGCGGAGUGAAUUGAUUCAGACCCUGCCCCUCGUUCUUCCACUAGAUUGUAAUUCCAUCUCCUGCGGGUCGAGCCGCCCUCCCUCCGGCGGCCAGUGCGUCCCUCCCCUCGGCUUCCAGCGUCCACUCCCCAGCCCCGAAAAGCCUUGCCGCUGCGAGCCCGCUCCACUGUAGCACGCCAGCUUCCCAACUGCUGCCUUGCCUCCUCGGACUCCCGAGUGGCUCCUGGUUCAGCUCACUGGGUCCCCCAUCUUCUCAUCCUCGCGUCACUGGCGUCCCCCGCGUCCCCCGGGAGACGCCCUUUCCCUGCGCGCCCGGGACUUGGUGAAACUUUGCAGACACACCGUUGGUGAGAUGGAUUUAAUCUCAACCUUCUUGCUCCAUUUCUUGCUCCUGGCCUGCAGCCUCCCACCCGGCGCUGUGUCACUCCGAACCGCUCUGCGAAAAUCAGGCAAGGUGGGACCUCCUCUUGACAUCAAGCUGGGAGCCUUAAACUGUACAGCCUUCAGCAUCCAGUGGAAAACACCGAAGCAUUCUGGGAGCUCCAUUAUUGGCUACACAGUGUUUUACUCUGAGGUUGGUUCAGAUAAGUCCCUGCGGGAGCGGUCACAUAACAUACCUGUUGGCCAGGAUGGCCUAUUCACUGAGGAAGUGAUUGGAGAUUUGAAGCCAGGCACUGAAUAUCGAGUGAGCAUAGCAGCCUAUAGCCAGACUGGCAAAGGGAGGCUUAGCUUCCCUCGGCAUGUGACCACUUUGUCUCAAGAUUCCUGCCUGCCCCCGGCAGCACCCCAACAGCCACAUGUCCUUGUGGUUUCUGAUUCUGAAGUGGCCCUUUCUUGGAGACCUGGAGAAAAUGAAGGAAGUGCCCCAGUUCAGUCCUACUCUGUGGAACUCAUUAGGCCAGAUUUUGACAAGAGCUGGACCAUAAUCCAAGAGCGCCUGCAGAUGGACUCCAUGGUUAUCAAAGGCCUUGAUCCAGAUACCAACUACCAGUUUGCUGUGAGAGCCAUGAAUUCCCAUGGCUUCAGUCCGCGCAGUCAGCCCAGCAACACCAUCCGAACCCUGGGUCCUGGGGAGGCUGGAAGUGGCCACUAUGGACCUGGGUAUAUCACCGAUCCCGGGGUGAGUGAGGAUGAUGAUGGAUCUGAAGAUGAACUGGACCUGGAUGUAUCCUUUGAGGAGGUUAAACCACUUCCUGCUACCAAAGCUGGGAAUAAGAAGUUCUCGGUGCAGUCCAAGAAGACUUCUGUCUCCAACUCAGAGAUGGGCUCCAGACUCGCCCAACCUACCUCAGCGUCUCUCCCUGAAACUACAGUGGCCGUUCCACCCACACCAGCCCAACGGAAGGGGAAGAACAGUGUGGCCAUGAUGUCAAGGCUCUUUGACAUGUCCUGUGACGAAACUCUCUGUUCGGCUGACAGCUUUUGUGUCAAUGACUAUGCGUGGGGGGGCUCACGAUGUCAUUGCAAUCUGGGUAAAGGAGGCGAAGCCUGCUCGGAAGAUAUCUUUAUUCAGUAUCCUCAGUUCUUUGGCCAUUCCUACGUAACCUUUGAGCCUCUGAAGAACUCUUAUCAGGCAUUUCAGAUUACUCUGGAAUUCAGGGCAGAGGCGGAGGAUGGCUUGCUGCUCUACUGUGGAGAGAGUGAACAUGGAAGAGGAGACUUCAUGUCCCUGGCUCUCAUCCGGCGCUCCCUCCACUUCAGGUUUAAUUGUGGAACUGGGAUUGCCAUCAUCGUAAGUGAGACCAAAAUCAAACUUGGGGCCUGGCACACGGUGACACUGUACAGAGAUGGGCUGAAUGGGCUGCUGCAGUUAAAUAAUGGCACCCCAGUGACAGGCCAGUCCCAGGGCCAGUACAGUAAAAUUACCUUCCGGACGCCUCUGUACCUCGGCGGCGCUCCCAGUGCUUACUGGCUGGUCAGAGCAACGGGGACAAACCGUGGCUUCCAAGGCUGUGUGCAGUCGCUUGCUGUUAAUGGGAAGAAGAUUGACAUGAGGCCCUGGCCACUGGGCAAAGCUCUCAAUGGAGCUGAUGUUGGGGAGUGCAGCAGUGGGAUCUGUGACGAAGCCUCCUGCAUCAACGGGGGCACUUGCACAGCCAUCAAGGCCGACUCCUACAUCUGCCUCUGUCCUCUUGGGUUCAGAGGUCGACACUGUGAAGAUGCAUUUGCCCUGAGCAUCCCUCAGUUCAGAGAGUCGCUGAGGUCCUACGCCGCCACGCCCUGGCCCCUGGAGCCUCAGCAUUAUCUUUCUUUCACGGAGUUCGAAAUCACUUUUCGGCCAGACUCGGGGGAUGGUGUCCUUUUGUACAGCUACGACACGGGCAGCAAGGACUUCCUGUCUAUUAAUAUGGCUGCGGGCCACGUGGAAUUCCGCUUCGACUGUGGUUCUGGGACUGGAGUUCUCAGGAGUGAGGAUACUCUCAGUCUAGGCCAAUGGCAUGACCUACGUGUGUCUCGCACAGCAAAGAAUGGGAUCUUACAGGUGGACAAGCAGAAGGUCGUAGAGGGAAUGGCAGAGGGAGGCUUCACCCAGAUAAAGUGUAAUACGGACAUUUUUAUUGGUGGAGUCCCAAAUUACGAUGAUGUCAAGAAGAACUCGGGCAUCCUCCAUCCAUUUAGUGGGAGCAUCCAGAAGAUCAUCCUCAAUGACCGGACCAUCCAUGUGAAACAUGACUUGACAUCAGGCGUGAACGUGGAGAACGCAGCCCAUCCCUGUGUAGGGGCCCCCUGUGCCCAUGGGGGCAGCUGUCGGCCCAGGAAGGAGGGUUAUGAGUGUGACUGUCCCUUGGGCUUCGAAGGCCUGAACUGCCAGAAAGCUAUUACAGAAGCCAUUGAGAUCCCACAGUUUAUUGGCCGCAGUUACCUGAUGUAUGACAACCCAAAUAUCCUCAAGAGGGUGUCGGGAUCAAGGUCAAAUGCCUUCCUGAGGUUUAAAACAACCGCCAAGGACGGCCUGCUGCUGUGGAGGGGGGACAGCCCCAUGAGACCCAACAGCGACUUCAUUUCCCUGGGUCUUCGGGAUGGAGCCCUGGUAUUCAGCUACAACCUGGGCAGCGGCAUGGCUUCCAUCAUGGUGAAUGGUUCCUUCAGCGAUGGCCGGUGGCACCGAGUCAAGGCUGUCAGGGAUGGCCAGUCUGGGAAGAUUACGGUGGAUGACUAUGGAGCCAGAACAGGGAAGUCACCUGGCAUGAUGCGGCAACUUAACAUCAAUGGGGCUCUGUACGUGGGUGGAAUGAAGGAAAUCGCUCUGCACACAAACAGACAGUACAUGCGAGGCCUUGUGGGCUGCAUCUCCCAUUUCACUCUGUCCACUGAUUACCACAUUUCCCUUGUGGAAGAUGCUGUGGAUGGGAAGAACAUCAACACUUGUGGGGCUAAGUAACACCGGCUGGCCUUGCCCAAGGGACAUAGCCUCUAUCCUGAAAUCCCGGGGGCCCAGAGACCCUACCUGAUGCUGCACUCAGAGGUCUUGAAAUCAGGUGUGUCUACUUUCAUUGAGGACAAAGUACACCCUGGUGAGAGCCAAGACUGAAGGCCCUGGGUGGCCUUCUCUGCUAAUGCCCUGUGGACCAAACCCAAUGGACUACUGUGGAUAAAAGCAUUGGACUUUGUCAUUCAACACAGAGAGUCUGUGAGAGAUGAUACAUCAAUGCAAGCUCUGGAAACUCUGCUGUAGCUCAAUGGCUGUGUUGUGUUAAAGAGAGUGAGAGCCAGACUGGGUGACAAAGAGUGAAUGAGCAAGAGAGAGAGAGAGAAACAAGACAGAGAGAAACAGAGAGAGACAGAGAGACACCUCUCCAAAUAGUAUUAAAAUAUUUCUGCUCUUCCCUGACUUAUAACACUAGCAGAAAGACUGGGUGACCCUGAACUUCAUACUUCUUGGUCUAUAGAUUGUGUAGAUUAACCCCUUCCAUGCCUCUCUGGCUGACUCAAUGUGCUCUGACUAGUCCAUGAAAAUAAACAUUGGGGGUAAAUUAAACAUAGAAUAAUAAUCAGACUGUGGCCUCCUUCCCCCAAGCUUACCUCUAAUGCAAAUAUUUUUUUUUAUCAUGCAGAUCGAAGAAAGUGGGCCCCAUGAUUUUGUAGCUGUACUUUUUGUAUGUGACUAUUUUUAUAGCUGCAGCCUGUCCAUACUCAUGGUGUGCUUUUUGAAAGUUAGUGGCCGAUCUUAAUCAUGGCACACCUCAGCUGUCCAAAGUGAAGAGAUUAAAGGAAUGUAUCACCGGGGUGGGUCAUUACCAUUGUUGUUUUAAGAGAGGGAAAGUGUCUGUAAUAAACAUGAAAAAGGGAAAGAGGAAGAACUCAUUCAGUUAUUUGUGGAGGUGUGACUGAUGGUGUAGAGGCCACAUCUGCCAAGGGACAACAAGGUUACUAAAGAGUCCAAGGUCGUGUGGGAUCUAGAGCUACGUCCUCAGCAGGGUCUUCAGAUCUGGACCCGACAGAGAAGGCUGCUCUCCUCUUCUGUACCAUCAGCUGUGCUGGGGGCUAUGCAUACACAUGACUGCAGACAGCUGGCUCCCUGGCUGGUCCCCAUAAGAGGACUUACUAAGGGAAAGGUGAGAUGAAUGUUGCCCCUAUAAGUGGAAGGAAAUACGAUCCAGCUCCUGAAAGAGCCUAUAAUUAGUCCCAGACAUGACUCUAUUCUUGUUUGUGCAGCAUCCAUUCAGCAAAGACUUGAGCUUUGUGCAAAGCAGUUUCUAGGCAUAUUGAGACUUCUAAGAGAUGGCUAAAUAAACCAGAGAAGUUUGCCUCACC